UCUGGACUUUUGACCGAGGUGCGCGGUGCGUCGUCUCUGAAACGGAGUCCAGAAAAUAUGUGACAUUUUAUGUGGCAUUAAAAAGGAGUUAAAAAUGUUUGCCCGAUGCUAACCUACAAACAGUGACCUUUUUUUCCGUGAAUCGAGCGCAUCAAGUGAGCGGAGCAAAGGACCGACGGAUAACUUCUUGACCGCGAGGCGCUCUACCCGGCAGCACGAAAUAACGGAGAACGGAAGCGCACGCGUAAUAAAAGGUUUUUGCUAUACUACUGAUCGUGAUUAGUAGACUAUGCUGUUCUCGUGUAUCUUCAUUUUGCCACAGUAGGCUAUCACUUGAAACAAAGGUAUGACCCUAAGUGAAGUCUGCAGACCGAGAAAGUCGUUCGUUUGGGUGCGCGAGCUCGGACUGCAACCGGGGAACGGGAAAUAAAUCGGUGCGCUUACGGGACGCAUGUAAGCGCGCUCAGAGAGACGCGCGCAUGAUGAGGAGAGACCGGAGACGCACAUUUCUGAACGGGACCGUGGACCUUUCCGUCGGACGUUACUGAGCUGAGCUGCGUGACAGAGCUCACGGGCGAUGGCGUCUGAGGUUGUGUGCGGACUGGUGUUCAGGCUGUUACUGCCAUUCUGCCUCGCAGCAGCAUGCUUGUGCAGGUACAACGGCCUCUCCCUCGUCUACCUCAUCUACCUCCUGCUCAUCCCGCUGUUUCCUGAGCCCUCAGGCCCCACCAUGCAGGGCCACACGGGGCGCUUGUUGAAGUCCCUGUGCUUCACCAGUGCAACCUUCCUCCUGUUCCACGUCAUCUACCAAAUCACCGUCAACAGCCUGCUGGCAGGGAACGCCAUCAACACCGGCUUCAACUGUUCGGGGUGGGAGAAGUCCAUACGACAGAUAGGAUUUGAGAGCGUUGUAGGGGCGGAUGCUGGGAACGGUAUCCGAGUGUUCCUCCCAGACAUCGGCAUGUUCAUGGCCGGCCUGGGAAUCUGGCUGCUGUGCAGAAGCACGGAGCAGAAGAGACCAGCGGAGGAGAUGGUACAGUACAACCAGGACUUCAAGACCGAGGAACAGGACGGCGAGACAGAGGAGAAGCAGGACCCUUGCCAGGACAACAACGAUGAUGAUGAGAUGCUUUUCGAAGAGGACUUUGAUGCCGAGGACGAGGCGGAGGACGAGGACGAGGAGAACAACGAGGAUGAGGAAGAGGAGGAGGAGGAGGAGCCAAAGGAGAGCGCCAAGAUGAAGGUCUUGCGUCUGGUGGCAACAGUGGCGUCCAAAGUGAAGGAGAGCAUCGGUAAACUCAUCACAACGGCAGGCAAGGUGGUGGUGACCAUACUGCUGGGUCUAACAGGCAUGAUGCUGCCCUCGCUGACCUCGGCGGUGUACUUCUUCGUUUUCUUGGCGCUGUGCACUUGGUGGUCCUUCUGCCGAAGCUUCGACACGCUCCUCUUCAGCUGCCUGUGCGUGCUGAUGGCCAUCUUCUCUGCAGGGCACCUCCUCGUGCUCUACCUCUACCAGUUCCAGUUCUUCCAGGAGAGCAUACCGCCCGACGACCACUACAUCAGAGUGUUUGGCAUCUCCCCUAUAGUUAAGACAGACUGUUCCUACACAUGGAGGAUCAAUGUGAACUCAACCAAGUGGCAGCAUUUUGUCAAUCCCAUCAUGCUGCUGGUGUUGUACUACACGCUGGCCACGCUGAUCAGACUCUGGCUGCAGGACCCCAUGAUCACAGAGAGUGAGGAAGAGGAGAAGAAGGAAGCCAAUGGUGCGACCUUCACAGCCCACAGGAAGAGGCACCUGUGGUGGAGGGCUCGUCAGAGGACAGAGGAGAAGAAUGCGGUAGUGGUGAACACCAAUGGGACAUCUUUUGGUUAUGUCACCACCCUAAAUUCAGAGAAUGGACCAGUCAGCUUAGACCUCUAUUCUACUCCUAAAUAUAAAGUGGAUCAAACCAAUAAUAUUGAAGACCGGAAUGAGAGAGACGUGUAUGAGGUGGUGGAGGUGCCCCCGGAGGAGGACGAGGACAAAAGCAUGGAAGAGGAGGAAGACGGCACCCCCGCCGCGCUCACCAAAGUUUUCCGGUUCAUCAUGAAGCAAAGCUACGUCUGUGCUCUCAUCGCCAUGAUGGCCUGGAGUAUCACGUACGUGAGCUGGCUGACCUUUGUCUUCUUGCUGUGGUCCUGCACACUGUGGAUGGUGCGGGACCGCAGGAAGUACGCCAUGCUCACCUCGCCUUUCAUGGUCGCCUACGGCAACCUGCUGCUAGGCCUGCAAUACAUCUGGAGCUGGAAGGACAUGUCGCCCGUGCCUGGGCUCUUCCCGGAGUCCAAGUCGGAGGCCAAGUCGGAACCCUUCACCGAGCUCAGCUCCAAGGUGCUGUAUCUGCUGAGUUUCUGGCUGCUCCUACGUCAGACGCUGACCGAACGGAAGGACAAACAGAAGGAAGAAGCAGUGCUGUCAGAAGUGACCGCCGACUCGGAGAAGAGAGAGGUAGAGAAGACAGAGGCAGAUGAGGGCGGAGAGGAUGACCUGAUGCAGAUGGUGGGGAAGCUGGUGACAGCCGUGCUGGUGAAGUACUGGAUCUACGUGUGCAGCGGCAUGUUCUUCUUCGUCAGCUUCGAGGGCACCACCGUCAUGUACAAGAUCAUUUACAUGAUGCUUUUCCUCUUCUGUGUCGCCUUCUACCAGGUGCACUAUGAGUGGUGGCGCAGGAUCCUGAAGUAUUUCUGGAUGUCGGUGGUGAUGUACACCAUGCUGGUACUCAUUCUCAUCUAUACCUGCCAGUUUGAUGCCUCCAUCCCCACCUGGUCCAACAUCACAGGCAUAAGCCCGGAGAAGCUGAAGGCCCUUGGACUGGAGAAGUUCGACUUGGGGACUCUGUUCACAAGUAUUUUCAUCCCCACCUCCUUCCUGCUAGUGUGCAUCCUUCACCUGCACUACUUCCAUGAGCACUUCCUCGAGCUGACCGACCUCAACACCGUGGCUGCCAAACAGGACAGCGCCAUCUACAGACUCGCCCAUCCGGACGGGAGCCUGGCCGACAUCACCUUGAUGAGCUCCUCACCAGAGCCGUUCUUUGAGGAGGAGCAAGACAAGGAGAAGGAGGUUUUGGUUAUGGAGGGUGUAAUGCAGGAGGAAAAAGAGGAUGGCUCGGAGCACCAGUCCAGCCAGGAGGACCUCCAGCAGGAGAGCGGAGCAGAUCCAGAACCCCCGUCAGACCAGAGCUCAGAUUUGAAGAACAAGUGGCACCUGGUGGUGGACCGUCUGAGCGUGCUCUUCCUGAAGUUCCUGGAGUACUUCCACAAGCUGCAGCUCUUCAUCUGGUGGCUCCUGGAAAUUCACAUCAUCAAGAUUGUCUCCUCCUACAUCAUCUUGGUGUCAGUCACAGAGGUGUCCCUGCUGAACUCGGUCUUCCUGGCGGCAUGGGCCUUUGCACUGCCCUACAGCCAGUUCCGCCCACUCGCGUCCAGCGUCUGCACCGUCUGGACCUGCGUUGUCAUCAUCUGCAAGAUGUUGUACCAGCUCGAGACCAUCAAGCCUGAGACCUACUCCAGCAGCUGCUCCAUGCCCCUUAACUACACAGACGAGCAGAGGAAGUACAUGAACAGGUCUGUGCUCUACCUGCAACCCGUGGACCCUGCCAACUGGGUUGGCCUGAAGAAGUUCACCUCCCUCCUGCCCAAUCUGAGGAACAACCUUCUGAUGCUGGCCAUCUUGGCAUUUGAGGUCACCAUCUACAGACACCAGGAGUAUUUCCGCCUUCGGAACAAGCUCUCCCCUCCCCCCUCCAGGACCAUCUUCCACGACAUAACUCGCCAGCACCUCGACCAUGGCAUCAUCAACUGUGCCAAAUAUUUCAUCAAUUACUCUUUCUACAAGUUUGGGGUGGAGGUGUCCUUCCUGUUGGCGGUGAACGUGAUUGGCCAGCGGAUGGACUUCUACUCCAUGCUACACGCCGUGGCACUGGCCUGUGUCAUGUACCGACGGAGGCGGAAGGCCAUCGCUGAGAUCUGGCCCAAAUACUGCUGCUUCCUGGCAUGUAUGCUCACCUUCCAGUACUUCGUGUGUAUCGGCAUCCCACCAGCAGCCUGUAAAGAAUACCCCUGGAGAUUCUCGGCUGCCUCGGAGUCCAACGUCAUCAAGUGGCUCUACCUGCCUGAUUUCCGCACCGGCCCAAACCCCAAGUUUCUCAUCUACGACUUCAUGCUGCUGUUGAGCGCGUCCCUGCAGAGGCAGGUGUUUGACGAGGAGAACAAAGCAGCGGUGCGCAUGAUGGCAGGAGACAACGUGGAGAUUUGCAGAGACCUGGACGCUGCCUCCUUUAGCGUACACAACCCAGUCCCCGACUUCAUACACUGCAGGUCGUACCUGGACAUGCUAAAAGUGAUCAUGUUCAGCUACCUGUUCUGGUUCGUCCUCACCAUCAUCUUCAUCACGGGCACCACGCGCAUCAGUAUCUUCUGCAUGGGCUACCUGGUGGCCUGCUUCUACUUCCUGCUGUUCGGCGGCGAACUACUGCUCAAGCCCAUCAAGAAGAUUCUGCACUACUGGGACUUCCUCAUCGCCUACAACGUCUUCGUCAUCAGCAUGAAGAACGUCUUCUCCAUACUCGCGUGUGGAUACAUCAGACAGCUGUUGGUGAACUGCUGCUGGCUCAUCCAGUUGCUGAGUCUCUCCUGCACAAUCAAGGACUACGAGAACCUGCCAGAGUCUCAUAAAGACUGCGACUUGCCACGGGACGAGGCAGGCAUCAUCUGGGACAGCAUCUGUUUCAGCUUCCUGCUCCUCCAGAGACGCGUCUUCAUGAGCUACUACUUCCUUCACGUGGUGGCCGACAUCCGCGCUGGACAGAUACUGGCUUCCAGAGGAGCGGAGCUGUUCCAGGCCUCCAUAGUGAAAGCAGUGAGAGCUCGCAUAGAGGAGGAGAACAGAUCAAUGGAGCAGCUCAAGAAACAAAUGGAGAGCAUCAAGAUCCGCCAGCAGAAGUUUAAGAGGGGGAAGGAGAAGCUGUUGAGCAUGACUCGAGAGUCCGCGGACGACCAGGAACUUGCCCCGCCCCCCGAAGAAGAAGACGAUGACGGAGCAGAAAAAGAGAAAAUCAAAGGCCAUAAAAAGCCCUGGUGGAGGCCUUGGGUUGAUCAUGCUUCCAUGGUGAGGAGUGGAGAUUACUACCUGUUUGAGACCGACAGCGAAGACGAGGAAGACGAGGAUGACAAAAAAGAGGAGGAACCUCCCAAGAAAUCAGCCUUCCAGCGAGCCGUUGGAAAGUUCGCCUCCGCUGUCCUGGCCCUGCCUAGGUCUAUCAUAAAACUGCCCAAAACUAUCCUGCAGUAUCUUAUCAGGGCCACUAAGUUUGUGUACCAUGCCUGGGUCACUGACUCCAGAACAGCCCUGAAGGAGCGCAGCAAGGAGCGCCGUCAUUUCUGGAAGCGAUACAGCAGAGGGCGCAAAAGCAGGAAGGACAAGAAUAAAGAUUAUGUGUCAAUUGAAGUAGGCGACGAUGAACCGCAGAGCUCAGAGGAGAAGAAGGAUGGUCCAGACAACAUCAUUAAGCGGAUCUUCAACGUCCUGAAGUUCACCUGGGUGUUGUUCCUGACCACGGUGGACAGCCUGACCGUGUGGAUCAACUCCAUCUGCAGGGAGUACAUCGACAUCUCCACCGUGCUGCGCAUCGAACGCUGCAUGCUUACCAGAGAGGUUAAGAAGGGCAACGUGCCGUCACGCGAGAGCAUCCACGUCUACUACCAGAAGCAGCUGCGUCUGAACGCCUCACGGGAGUCUGGCCUGGACCACAUCAGCGAGGAGGACAUGAGCUCAGGCUCGCUCCGGGGCCGGCGCCGGCGCAGGGUGUGCACAAUGGAGAGCCAGGACUCAGGGGCGUCCAGGGACAGCAUGUCCAGCGCAUGCACAGAGGCCACUACUCUCUUCUCACACCAGUCCACGCUGGACGACCUGGACGACAUUCCCCAGAACGUGCCCAAGACCAGCGAACGGGCGCGGCCCAAGCUGCGCAAAAUGUACGGCCUGGACAUAUCCAACUCGUCCAUGGAGAGCGGCAGCAGCGCUGGAUCCAGCGAGGCCACUCAGUGCAUCACUUUAUUCUCAAGGCAAGGCACCAAUGACACCAUUGAGGAGGUGGAGGAGAGCCCUGAACAGGCUGCAGAACCGGAUACUGUGGAAUCGGAUACCGUGGAACCGGAUACAGUGGAACCAGAAACUGUGGAACCGGAUACUGUGGAACUGAAUACCGUGGAACUGGACAUCAGGCAAAUGGGCACCUUGGAACAGUACCUCAGGGAACCUUACACCGGGCAACCGGACACCGGCACUGGGGAACUGUGCACAGUGGAACCAUACACUGGGGAACAGUAUUCCGGGGAUCUCGACAGCAAGGAACCGGGCAUCGGUGAACCAGAGACCACGGAACAGGACACUGAGGAAAUGGAGACUGGGAAACAGGAGACUGGAGAACCAGAGACUGGGAAACAGGAGACUGGAGAACCAGACACUGGGAAACAGGAGACUGGAGAACCAGAGACUGGGGAACAGGAAACUGGAGAACCAGACACUGGGGAACAGGAAACUGGAGAACCAGACACUGGGGAACAGGAAACUGGAGAACCAGACACUGGGGGACCAAACACUGGCUCCCCAGGCGCCAUCAAGCCUGAAGAAGAGCAGGACCUUGGAGACCCUGAGCAGGCUGAACAGGAGCAGCCUGAGACCAAGGAUGAUGGCAGAGCUCUGAGCUCCGGCAGGGAGGAUGAGCAGUUCUCGGGCCCGGAGUACCAACCCUCGGAGCGGGCAGCUGGCCUCCUCUACACGCCCGACACGGACGCCCCCACCACGUCGGACGUGGAGGUGCCGCCCAGCUACAGCAAGGCGGUGAGCUUCGACAGGCUGUCCAUCAGCUCGGAGGACAACCGGAGGCUCAUGCUGAUGACAUCGGACAGCAGAUCAGAUAUGGAGGACUCGCUGCUGCCUUCUCAGACCACCGACCUCACCGCCAGUGAGCUCCUGCUCAACAAAAUGUUCUACGACGAAGAGCUGGAGAGCUGUGAGUGCUUCUACAAGGCGCAGCCACUGGGCCUGCAGCUGUGCUAUGCCCUCUACAACCUGCUGGUGGCGCACUCCGAGAUGGUCUGCUACCUGGUCAUCAUCCUCAACCACAUGAUCUCGGCCUCCAUGGCAACGCUGGUGCUGCCUGUGCUCAUCUUCCUGUGGGCUAUGCUGUCCGUGCCGCGGCCCAGCAAACGCUUCUGGAUGACGGCCAUCGUCUACACCGAGGUCACCAUCGUCAUCAAAUACUUCUUCCAGUUCGGCUUUUUCCCCUUCAACCAGAACCUGGAGGUGGACCGCAAGCGUCCGUACCACCCGCCCAACAUCAUCGGCGUGGAGAAGAAGGACAGAUAUGUGCACUACGAUCUCGUGCAGCUGUUGGCCCUGUUCUUCCAUCGCUCCAUUCUCAAGUGUCAUGGUCUGUGGGACGAAGACGACCCCAAAGCGACGAAGAAGGAAGACGCAUCCCCCCAUCGCGACGAGUCCGAGGACGAGGGGAGAGCGAGGGAGGAGGAGAGGAUGAGGAGCUGGUCCCCACGCUUCGGAAAGACCGCGGCCACGAGCUUCUCGGCCGGUUCGCCCCAGACGCACGCGCAAGUGCACGUGCACUCCCCUGAGCAGCGCACGUACCAGCGACGAAAGAGCUCCAGUGGGGGCUCGCAUCUCUCCCACCACUCAUCCCUGCGCUCCAAGAGAGGAAGCACAAGCACCAGGAACAGCAGCCGGCGGGACGGCAGAGAGGCCGGAGUGCCGCUCAAGAGCCGCAGGGAGCUAAUCGCCGAGAAGCUCCGGGAGCAGCUCAUCAAAGCCAGAGUUUUCCUCCUCAGGAAAGGGAUGGAGGUCUACCACCCAAUACGCCAGUUUUUCUACAACCUCAUCCACCCGGAGUACAGCGCCGUGACCGAUGUCUACGUCCUCAUGUUCUUGGCAGACACGGUCGACUUCAUCAUCAUCGUGUUUGGCUUCUGGGCCUUUGGGAAACACCAGGGCGGAGCGGACAUCACGUCCUCGCUGUCUGAGGACCAGGUCCCGGGGCCCUUCCUCGUCAUGGUCUUGAUCCAGUUCGGCACCAUGGUGGUGGACCGGGCUCUGUACCUGCGGAAGACCGUGAUGGGCAAAGUGAUUUUCCAAGUCAUCCUAGUGUUCGGCAUCCACUUCUGGAUGUUCUUCAUCCUGCCCGGAAUCACGGAGAGGCGUUUCAGCCAGAACACGGUGGCCCAGCUCUGGUACUUCGUGAAGUGCAUCUACUUCGGCCUGUCAGCGUACCAGAUCCGCUGCGGCUACCCCACCCGCGUCCUGGGUAACUUCCUGACCAAGAGCUACAACUACGUCAACCUCUUCCUGUUCCAAGGGUUCCGCCUGAUCCCAUUCCUGACGGAGCUGAGGGCUGUCAUGGACUGGGUGUGGACGGACACCACCCUCAGCCUGUCCAGCUGGAUCUGCGUGGAGGACAUCUACGCCCACAUCUUUGUGCUCAAGUGUUGGAGGGAGUCAGAAAAGCGUUACCCUCAGCCGCGGGGGCAGAAGAAGAAGAAGGUGGUGAAGUAUGGUAUGGGCGGGAUGAUUGUCAUGUUGCUGAUCUGUAUCGUCUGGUUUCCUCUGCUCUUCAUGUCACUGGUCAAGUCAGUGGCUGGCGUCGUCAACACACCGCUAGACGUGUCUGUCAGCCUCACACUCGGAGGCUUCCAGCCAAUCUUUACGAUGAGCGCUCAGCAGAAGAACCUCAACAACAUCACUUACGCAGAAUUCACCAAGUUUGUAAAAAUGUAUAGCCAAGAUUCGACAGCACAGCAGUUCCUGGAGGCGUACGUGUAUCAGGACGUGACCAUCGCCCACCUGGAGGGCAGCUCCAACUCACUGUGGACCAUCAGCCCCCCCAGCAGAAGGAACCUGAUCGGCAUGCUGAACGCCACCAGCGACCUCCCCCUGACCAUAACCUGGUCCAUACAGAGAAACCUGAGUUUAGGAGCCAAGGCAGAGACUGCAACAGGGAAACACAUCAUCAACUUAGACCAGCCCACCAAAGACAGCCUAAAAGAACUGCUAAGCGGACCGACAAACUCUCCUGUAUGCAUCAAAAAUAUCUUUCCGAGAUAUCUUCGGGCUCCCAGUGACUCCAACGCCAAACGCAUCGAGCAGCUAGAGAAAGACUUUCAGAACAUCACGCUGACCUUGGACCGGGGCAACAGCAGCGAGGGGAAGAUUCAGGAAUGGUGGAUUGUCAACCAGACAGAGCCGGGCCCAAUUGUGCUAAAGACAGUGGACUACGCGCAGGCUGGGCUGGAGCUUUACAUCAUCAGUGACCAGGUCAGCCCCCCCAGCUUGGGUUUCCUGGCUGGAUACGGCAUCAUGGGUCUGUACAUGUCCGUGGUGCUGGUGAUCGGCAAGUUCGUGCGCGAGUUCUUCAGUGGCAUCUCGCACACCAUCAUGUUCGAGGAGCUGCCCAACGUGGACCGCAUCCUCAAACUCUGCACCGACAUCUUCCUCGUCCGCGAGACCGGGGAGCUGGACUUGGAGGAAGACCUCUACGCCAAGCUCAUCUUCCUCUACCGCUCGCCAGAGACCAUGAUCAAAUGGACCAGGGAGAAGAACAAGUGAGGAUGGAAGAUGGUAGUGACAUUAGACCCGGUGCCCAAGAAGCUUCUAGUCAACAUGGAAUAGCACAAGGCCGUGUGUGUCUGGAUACUGUUAGCACUCGCAGCUGCGCCUUAUAACCUGUGACCGCACGUGCUGCGCCACUGGACUGUCACAAGCUGUGGUCACCCCAUCACUGACCUGCAGCCACUUGUACAUUUUGAAAGGCUUUUAGUGGACAUAAAGACUUCCCAUCAUGCAUCACUGCAAACACAACCCUACACAACUGGGAGUGCAUGAGCCAAGGGGGUGGUCCUGUGUGGAUUGACAGACCAGUCCCACUGUGAUUAAGAUCAGACACUUUUAACCGGGAAAAAGUGAUUUUUAAGGGACCUGUUUGUCAAGCACUUUUUUGUUUUGUUUGUCUGUUUGUUUGAUGGGGGCGACAACAACUUCUGGUUUUGCAGAAGGCGAGAGAAACUCACACGACAGCAAUCAUCCAACAGUCUAUAUUGCCUUAUUUAGUUUGCACAAGUAGCUGCAUUUUCACUCACUGUCUCAGGAACACAUAGCACAAACACACACUUCACCGGGAAUUGGCCCCCACCUACACUGCACUGUCCAUCCUAAGCUCUCAUCUCCCACUCCAACCCGCGGAAACAAUCCGUUAAUAUGCACAGGAAGCAGUUUGUACGUGCCAGGGUCACAUGAUGCCGACUUCUCACAAAGCACGGACUUUUCAGGAAGGUUAUUCUAGUUUCCGUUUGUAGUUCCUUGUGCUGUACUACACUCGAGUCAUCAGAGUGUCCGGCGGAAAAUACAGGCUCGUAUGGGAAAGCAAGAAAAUGGUUGCUUACAUCGAUGGGACGAAGCAAUGUGAAAAUGCAAGCGUAAACAGAACUGAUUGUGCGGGGGUGGUGAGGGGGCGGAGCUUCGCUUGUACAUAUUCGGUGAGACGUAUGACGCACCCACGCACAGAGAGCGGUUUCCUGAGUCUGGCUGUUGGGAACCGAGUAGGCUCUGGGCAGUAGAGGUUACAGCUUGCAAAUCUUAGCGUGUGGUCCAGUGCGCCACCCUGGUCACGGAGGCAUCACCAGAGCGCUGGGUGUAUGAGGUUUUGGAUGGAGAACACCACCCCACCUCCAUGAACUAUGCAUUAUUUAAAGACAUUGUAGCAUGAGAGAAUAAUUACUAUUUGACAUGAGACAUUUUCACUGUAUGCUUUUACAGAGACAGUGUGAAGCUUUAUUAGGGUUAGCGUGUACCAGUGUCACGAUGGAACUGAAAAGCAGAAAUGACCUUCAAUAAAGCACAUAGCAGAAGGACCUUAUUUUUCUCUUUUACACUUUGCUGUGCACUCAUUACAAGAACGUUUAAAAUUCAGAUUUUUUUCUCUGUCGAGUCGAUUGUCCAUGUGUACAUUAAACGAAGAAAGCUUUACGGCUGAUGCACACAGAAGGAAAAGCAGUCAACUCGCCACAGAUUACGGCUGAUCGAUAUGUCAUCUGUUAAUCGUUCUCAAAAGUAUUGGCCUCAACGGAAUCGCAAAAUCCGUUGUGUGUGUGUGUGUGUGUCAGCCGGGUCACACGAGGGGUCCAGCCAGCACAGGGGUUGGGGGGGUGGGGUGUGUGUUUCUGUCACACUCGCAGCGUAAAGCAUCACAGUGGUGUGUGACGUGCAGCUCCGGAUCCAGUGAGAUUAGAAAAUGAACUUGCGAUGCGACGUUAUGUCGGAAACUGCUGCCCUAAAUCUGUUUAACAGGCAGUCCGGCAGAGGACUUGGCGGCGCGGCCUUGAUACGCUUUAUUUGUGGCGCUGAUGGCAUUUUCGAUAUAUUAAACACUGCUCUGCUCUCCUGCCCCGUCUAAUGCACUCGUACAUCAAAGAGCCGGUGGGAGCGGAAAAAAAACCGCCCAUCAGCAGCCGAAGCACUCACAUACAUUACUGAUGAAGUACAGAUGGACCGGCGCAGGAGGUCAGCUCCGCGCUGAACGGGUGCGCGCCGUGCACGUUCACAUGUCUAUGGAGGCUGCAAUGGAAAAAUGUCGCCAGCUAUUAGUGGGGUGAACCAGAGGAAACAUAAGCGUCAGUAUUAUUUUAAAAUUAACCUCAAAGUUUUAACCUCAUCGUGUUAUUAAACUAAGGAGCGUCCCCCCCGAGAGGUUAAAAACUUACCC